AUGGCGGCCUCCACAAUUAAAAGACUACGGCCAAGGUAUGCCGAACAACCAGAACAGGAACUGUUGGAGAAAUCUCGCUUCAAUAACGACAAGGUCUGCACCGAUACAUCCUUAGAACAAGAGACCGUAGAGAAAAAGAUCCAAGAGAUGUUCGAGCUCGCUCGACUAAAAUAUCACAGCGAGUAUGAGUUGUCGCCUUCGGAAGACGAGGACAGCGAUUCGAACCUAGAUACAGAAAGAAGACACCCCCGAUUGGAAAGGGAACACCACAUCGCAUUUUUGAAGUCGGGCCUAAAGGAAUUGAGCAGUUCCUACCAGUGCCUCGAUGCGAGCCGAACUUGGCUUUGUUAUUGGAUUUUACACAGUCUUGAUUUGUUAGAUGUUCUGCCACUACCCGAAGAGACAGUCCGACAUAUCGCCGAUUUUUUGAAACGGUGUCAACAUCCUGAUGGUGGUUUCGGGGGUGGUCCUGGUCAGGAACCUCAUCUAGCUUCUACCUACGCGGCAGUAAACGCGCUCUGUAUUCUGGGGGACGAAUAUACCUAUUCUGUAUUGAAUCGGCAGGGCCUUCUGGAUUUCUUUUAUAAAAUGAAACAACCAGAUGGAUCAUUCCAGCUACACGCUGGCGGAGAAAUUGACGUGAGGGGCAUUUAUCUGGUCACCAGCUGUGUCGCCCUUUGCAACCUUAUUUCCGGGCAAUCUGUCUUGUUUGAAAACACGCCAGAGUGGGUUGUCAGCUGUCAGACUUAUGAAGGAGGUUUUGCGGGUAGGCCAGGGCUCGAGGCCCAUGGUGGUUAUUCGUUUUGCGGCCUGGCUUCGCUUUGCCUGCUGAGAAAGGUCUCCCUGUGCGACACGAAAUUACUCCUGAGGUGGAUAGUCAACCGGCAGAUGAAAUUUGAAGGCGGCUUUCAGGGUCGCACGGGGAAACUGGUGGACGGGUGUUACUCGUUUUGGCAAGCCGGAGCGAUACCUCUGUUGCAAUCAAGCCUUGCGCUAGAUGAAAAGGACUCUAAGGUUUCGACCGAUUUGUGGUUGUUUCAUGUUGGCGCGCUGCAGGAAUACGUCCUGACUUCUUGUCAGCACCCGCGUGGCGGCCUCAGAGACAAACCUUCGAAACCCAGGGACUAUUACCACACGUGUUAUUGUCUGAGUGGUUUGUCAGUAGCUCAGCACAAUGGCAGUAAGAACGUUCAUAUUUUAGGCGGUUUGGAUAACGAACUGAAAGUUACUCAUCCCGUCUUUAAUAUAUGUGGAGAUACCGUGUAUAAGGCGCUGAACUAUUUCAAAACUCUGCCAGUACCCGAUACAAACAACUAA